UCUUUUUCUUUCUUUCUUUCUUUUUUUUUUUUAAAUAAUGCUAGAAUGUUUAGAAUCUAAUAUUUAAAAUCAGUUGCAGUGGUGCACCUAUACAGUACCUACCGAUCAUUCCUGUUGUAACAAAAAAGCAUUCUUGAAGGGAAAUCCCACUGAUUUUUGAAUAUUCCAGCAUAAUUCAGUCAUUGAGAUGAGAACAAAGUCAUUCAGAGUGCUUUGAUGUGAGAUGAUUUACUGUAGAGAAACCUGACCAACUCUGAUUUUCUUUACAGAAGUAGUGAUCGGAACCAGGGAUAGAAAUGUUUAGCGCACAAGUUCAGCCAUUUUUUUAUCAUCCAGAACAACCAAAGCAUCUUCUGUGUUUUUACAUGUAAUGUUGAAAUGAUAAUGAUAAAAAUAUGAUUACUCUGCAGAAGUAUGUUUUCUUGAGGUACUAUUUUUACCUACAACAACAUGCAUGUACCUCUCUGCCAUGAAAAAAUUAACUCAAAGUCAAAAACUCUGUAAAACAAAUGUCUUUUUGUAUUCAUAAACAUUUAAAGUAAUAGCUUCCUAGAGGCCUAAAACUCUUCAGAUGUUUGGUUCCUAUCACCACCAUUGUGAACCAAUGUGACUCUGUAAGGUUCUCUAGAAUACUGCAUUUCAUUUCAAAACUUUCUGAACAACUUUGUUUAAUCUUAAUGACUUGAUUACACAGGGUUUUUGUGAAAUUGGUGGAAUUUCCCUUUAGCUUUUAAUAUAUAUAAAUGUUAAGAUUUUUAUUCCAAGUAAUUUUGGAGGAUUUUUAUACACAAUGUAAAGGGCAGCUGGUGAUUUCAAUCCAUGUUGAUGAUUUUGUUAUGACGGUGAUGAAAUUAAAUUCCUUUCAUUAAUUUUUCAGUCCAUCCUUUAGGGAGUAUUUGAGUGUUUUUGAUGAAUACCAGGGCAUUCAAUUAUUCUCAAAUUCUCCAUACCCUUGAAUAAGGAUAUGUCAAUCACUAGUGCCCCUCUCCCCAACCCCCCAAGGCACUUUGCUGUUCAUAUCCUUCCUCCUAUCUGCAUGACAUCGAACAAAAGCAUCCUGGGGCUUUUCCUGGCCAUAUUUAGAGAUUUUUCUUCUUUGCUAUUUUUUCACUUCACUGUGACACAACUGGAAUUUAAAUCAAGCCCCCUGAAAAGGGCAGCAUUUCACUUGCCAAGGAUACAGUCUCCAGACCUUGAAUAGACCAGUCUGCUGUACAAAUGUACAAAAAUGGCAUGGAAAUAUACACUGGGCUACACGUGUAUUUUUCAUAUCUAUUCAUUAGCCUUAGCCUUAUAAUUAUAGCCUGGAAAAAAUUCAUUGCAAAAUCCCUAUGGAUCUUAGAUGAUAUACAAGCACUUCAAGGCUGGGCAAAGCCAUGAAUAGUUAUGUCACAGAUUUCACUUUGUUCCUGUGUUCUUCUGCCUGUUUUUGGCACUCAGUGAUGUUUGAGUGAUGGUGUGUGAGAGUUUGUGUUCUGGUUCUGCUCCAUGAGGGAGGCUGUCCUGUGAAUGUCUGGAGCCGCCCACCCAGCCGUCUGGCUGCCAGAUGUACAGUAUUUCUCCCUUGCCCCCCUCAAGAGUUGCUAUUUCAACUCCGCCACUGUGAGAAACGGAGAAGAAACGACAACAAAGAAGACGGCAAAAAAGUGUUGCACUUUGUCUUUUGCUGUUUGGAAAAUAAGGUUUAGACAUGUUUAGAGGAGACUCAACAUAAAAAGAACUCUGAGAAGUUUGUUCUGACUGGAUCGAAUCCAAGCUUUCACGAAAACUCGAAGAUGUCUGAAACGAAGAAGCAAAGAGCAAAGGAUAUGAGCACAAACAGCACAGCUGUCAAACCUUCUGCUUGGAUUAUGGGUACUACUGCCAGUGCAGGGUCCCAGCCUGCUUUGGUGGCACCUACACACCAAACCAGUCACCAGGGUAACAGCAUGGCUGAAGACAGGAGCUCGCUGAGCAGCAGCUCCCUGCAGGGGCUGUACAUUCCUAACAGCAAGGCCAAGUCCAUCAUCACCAACAAGGUGGCCCCUGUGGUCAUCACGUAUAACUGUAGGGAGGAAUUUCAGAUUCAUGACAGUGUCUUGUCAGACAACUAUACAGUGGGAAAAAUAUCCGAUGCAAUGCCUGAGCAUUAUCUAGUGCUGGGGGAGUUUUUCAUGGUUCAGGAUGUGAGCAGUAGAGCAGAUGUCUUAAACACUACAGGAAGCUACGGGGCCCCGAACUUCCGCAAGGCCAAGGGAAGCUACCCUCUCUAUGGUAUGGGCCAGCCCAGCCUAAAUGGCUUUAAACAAGUAAUUCAGAAGCUGGAGAGUGAGGCUUAUGAGGAGGUAAUAUUCUUCUGUGUGCGGGAAGAGCCAAUUGUCUUCCUCCGUCUGGAUAAAGACUUUGUUCCAUACACUCCCAGGAGGAAAGAGAACCUCCAUGAGAACUUACACCACCUGAAAGGAGGGCUCAGAGCAGAACAGCUGGAGCUUUCCAUCAGGAAAGAGCUAUGUGACUUUGCUAAGCUCAAUGAGAACAGCUUUUACGUUUAUAAUAACAUUGAGCACUUUAAAGAUGAGCCACAGCAUGUCAGGAUCAUGUCUGAGGAGGACAUACAUGUGACUGAGGAGGUCUACAAAAGACCACUCUUCAGUUUACCAUCUCACAGAUAUUACAGACUACCACUUCCUAUAGAGGGGGCACCAAUGGAAGAAGAUUUUGAUGCCUUUGUAAAUGUGCUCAGGGAAAGCCCUGGUCUGUCUGUGUUGAGAGAUGGCUCAAGGCCUUUGCCUGCACUGUUCUUCAGCUGCCAGGAGGGGGUGGGACGAACUAACCUUGGCCUGAUUCUGGGUGCAUUAGUCUUACACCACCUGCAGGGGGCAGCAUGUGCCUCCAGGGAGGAAGGCACACAGGUCAAUCACCAGCCAGAGUUCCAAGUAAUUCAGAACCUGAUCAGUCGCCUUCCCAAAGGUCAACAAGUGCUUGAUGAGGUUGAUAGGGCUAUUGAAAUGUGUUCAGAAAUGCACAACAUCAAAGAUGCAAUAUAUGAAAAUAAGAGAAAACUGGACGGUAUUGCUGAGGAUUAUCAGAUACAAGGAAGCAGCACAAGGGGUUAUUUCCUACAAAGAACAAUACAAAGCCUUGAGCGUUAUUUCUACUUGAUAGUUUUUAAUGCUUACCUUCAUGAUCAGUAUCCCCAGCUGUUUGCCCAGAGUUUCAGUCAGUGGAUGUGCAUGAAUGCAUGGAUCUACAGGCUGCUGGGCGGUAUUGACCGUUCUGAGCUCUCAGCUCCUGCCAGCCUCGUCACUGAUGGAUCCAGAAUACUGGUUUCUAGUGAGUAUUUGGCCACAGACCUACUUGGUACAGCCAAGGAAAUGAGAGUGUCCAACUUCAGACGAGUCCUCAAGACGGCCGUAUACGGCAUGGCACAGCCAAACUCUGAGGCUGUGUCUGUGGUGUUAUCAUACCUAAUGGAUGAGAGACGGAAGCAUUCCAGCAUGCUGUGGGUUAAUCUGCAGGAGGAGUUGAUAUUGGAAGGAAAUGGGCAGAUGUUCACUCCUCGAGAGCCAGUCUGUGUGGAGCAGCCAAUCCCAGUGUGUGUGCAGAACAUGCAACAACUUGAGGUGCUGGAGCUGGCAUUAAAGGAGGAGAUUCUGAGGUGUGAGAAGUGGCUUGAGGUUACUACAGAGCAGGAGAAGCAGAUGAGGAUGCUGAAAAGCUGCCACACUCUUCAGGAGCUCUUUGCCCAGCAGAAGAACCUCCAUCCUGGUCUCACUUACCAUCGCAUUCCUUUCUCUGACUGCUGUGGUCCAAAGGAAAAGGUAUUUGAUCAGCUUUUGGAAGCCAUGAAGUCUACUCUUGCUGAGGACCCUGGCUCUGCAUUCAUCUUCAACUGCAGUGAUGGGAAAGACCGAACCACAGCUGCAAUGGUCAUUGCCACUCUUACUCUGUGGCACUUCAAUGGCUUUCCUGAGUGUGGAGAUGAAGAAAUUGUAAGUGUUCCAGAUGCAAAAUACACCAAGGGCGAGUUUGAGGUGGUGAUGCAGGUGGUCAGAGUGCUACCUAAUGGCUACCGUAUAAAGCGGGAAGUGGACAUGGCCCUAGACAUUGUCAGUGAGACAAUGACUCCCAUGCAUUACCACCUGCGGGAGAUCAUUAUAUGCUCGUAUAAACAGAUCAAAACUGCCAAAACAGAGGCUGAAUCUCAGCAGUUACGACUGAGGAGUCUUCAGUACUUGGAGCGCUACAUUUACCUCAUCUUGUUCAACAGCUACCUCCACCUGGAGAAGAAAGACUCCUGGAGAAGGCCCUUCAGCCUAUGGAUGCACCAGGUGGCAGCCAGAGCUGGUAUCUAUGCUACCCUCAACCAGCUGGGUUUCCCUGAAUUUGAAGCUCAUAAGGACUCUCCACUGGCCAGUCUACGUUACCGCUGGCAACAACCUAGUGUUCAUUCCCUGCCUAUCCGUGGAGACUUCAUUUAAUGGAUCACUAGUAUUUGGCAGAGAACUAAUGUAGUUUUUGACAGAGAACUGGGCUAAUUGACUUUAUAUGACACGGAUUUUAUUCACAUUUCUAUUUUCUGAACCCAUCACACUGAAUUAAAUUUACAACAUUCUUUAAAUUCACACUUAGUGUCAGGUUUCUUCCCGCAAGCUUUUUUUUUCAUGCCACACCAACACAGGCCUUAUCAAGAUCUGUAUCACCCCCUCUAUCCACUAGUCUGUGUGACUUUGACUUUUAUUCUCCUUAUCUGUAUGACACUGGCUGUUCAUUGGUCACUUGUCCUUCACAAACACAAUACAGUCAAGUACAGCAUCUCCUCA